AGUCAUUAACAAGAGCGGUGAUUGAGUGUGCUUAGAAGAGAGUGCUUGAUGAGUUAUCUCCAUUCCUUUCUAGAUCAGGUUGAACUUUAUUCACAAUGUUUCCGAUUGGAUACUGCGAGUGUUCGACGUCGAAAUUUGUUAUUCAGUGAUACAGUUUCUCAAUGAUACUGUUACACAGUGAUACCUCGCGUUGAGCUAUUGACGGAUAUUUUAAUUUAAUCAAGGUGGACUAUUGAUGUGAUUUUUUUAUUCUGACAAAAUGUUACUGAGGAAGAUUUUUUUUGGAUUGCUCAUAAUGUUGAGUACAGAGUUUUUGGUGAGAGGAGAUGAGACAGACACCACUCUCUUCGACUUUGUGGCCAACGGUCUACUGGAAGACUCAGUAGAUGUGAUGGAAAUCGUGGCCUGGUUCAGUCGCCGGGUCAAAGAUAACAUGUCACAGCAACUCGAUGCAGCGUUCAACACCCUGUCCAAGCAACAGAAUCGAAUCGAUCCGCUCAUCGAGCACGCUGAAAAACUCAACCGUUCCGAGUGUACAAAUGAGAAACUCUUCCAAAUCACCGACAUUAUCUUCAGGGAGUACUUCAACCUCAACGCCAACUGCAUCAAAAUAUCCAAGAAGAUGUCUGUGUUCUUGAUUGAGAUGCAGAAUGCUACUUCGAGUGUUAUUGAGAUACAGAGGAGAUACAUGAAUUCAGCGCCGACAUGCGAGCCACCUUACAAGCCGACAGUGGACAGAGAAUGUCUACAAGACCUGGUCAACAAAGGGCGGAAAGAGAUCUUCAAUGUCAGGAAGGGAUUGCUGACUCUGGGAUAUGACAUUGAGGAUUUCAUGGACAACCAUGCGGAAGAAACGUUCGCUUGCCUCCUGCCCGCUAUGAGUCAAGUCAGAACUGCCACCAAGAGAGCUGCUAAUGAAAUACAGUGCUGUUUGGCCGGCAAGAAAGAAUGUUCUGAUUUCGAUGAGAAAACUUUCAGGUUCCCAUAUGAAAGGCAAGUCUACAUAGAACUACCAACAAUCACGACUCAAUUCGACGAUAUCAAUUUCAGCAAAGAAGACCCAGCUCUAGCCCGCAAAGAGUUUUUGGAACAAAAGCGGUUGGAACAGCCCUAUCCCCAGUUCGGCAUUCCUCCCCCGGGGACAAAGCCACCCUUGAAACCCAAAACACCCUCCAGGGAUGCGUCAGAUUUCCAAGAUAUGAUGGACCAAAGAAAAUACGAGGAAAUGCACCCUCCUUGGAGAAUGCAGCCCAAUAACGAACACAAGUACGAUUUAAUAAAGGAUAAACGGCAGAGAGGCACAGAAGCCCAGAGAGGGGGCGCUUUUGACAAUUUCGAUUUCAAUGAUGAUUAUGAUAGUGCUGAUGAUGACGAUUUCAAUGACGCGUCAUUUGCUGACUUCAUUGCCGAACUGAGACAACUGGGACAACAGAUUGAAGCCGAGAAGAAGAUGAAAGAACAAAAUAACGAGAAAGAUGAGCUGUAGUCAUUUUCCUAAGUUGGAACAAAGGAUUACAACCCUGCUAACCCUAGAAUUGAAAUUCGUAUGAAAUUCUCUAAUACAUUUCAAAAUAAAAAUAGAAGAUAAGAAGGCGAUCAGAAUCAAUGUGAAAAUCAUAUUAUGCCGGGUGCUGACAAGAGAGAAACAAUAUUAAUUUUAGCCACAAUUCUAAGGGUAACCGUCCACUGGAACCGUAUUCAACUGAUCCGUUCGACCGUUGGAUCGGACGAAUCUGCCGGCCGUUAAUUCGGCCGAAUAUGGUCGUCCAUUGCAACCGUUUACGUCAGUCUAGUUCAGUAGUUGGCUGAGCAACAUUGAAUAUUGAAUUAACUACUAUCAUAGCCAUCAAAAUUUUUCAUGAACAAUGAUUAUAUUGAGAUUUUGAAAAUUGAAUAAACAAAUAUCCUCUAAAUUAGUUAUUCAUUACAAUGAUCUCACCUUGAGAUCCUAUUUGUUCAGUAAUCUUUGUCUACAGAUUCCUUUGAACAUCACGAAGAUGAUAAUCUUUUGUCUCGCAUAUCCCACAAUGGAACAUGCUCUUGAACCAAACUUUUUGUUCAGUAGCCUAAUCUUUGUCUACAGAUUUCUUUGAACAUCACUGUUAAAUCUCACUUAUAGACAAAUUUCACAAUCACGAAGAUGAUAUCUUUUGUCUCGCAUAUCCCACAAUGGAACAUGCUCUUGAACCAAUUUUUCAUUGUCCAUGGUUCAAAAAAGUUCAAAAAACAAAAACAGACAAGACUGUGAAACAAUUUUGAGGCUAGGAUGAUGUUGACUCAGCUCGACUUCGGCCGGAUAGAGCCGGAAAAUCUCAUUCAAUUCGGAUCGAAAACUUGAUCGGCCGUGCACGGCCGUAUGAACCUGUUGCAAUGGACGAGCAUCUAUAGCUUUCUUUGUUGGGGGAUCAUUCGGACAAGUUCAGUAGUUUUCGGCCGAUGCUUGUUCGGACGAAGUCGGCUCCAAUGGACGGCCCACCUACAUGUGUCGCAUUCCCGUCGUUUUCCCCCAUCACGCAUCAUUGUGAGUGUGGGUGAAUGUAAAGUUUUAGAUUUUUUUACAGUCAAGAAAUGAUUCUCCAUUUAUUCAUUCAGUCAUGUACAAUUAUUAAACUAAUGUGAGAAGUCACAACAGA